GGAGGGAAGAGUCGCACACCGUCAGAGCUUUAAUUCAUGGCACAAGAAAAAAAAAGAUUUUUGAAGUUUCCAAAAAAGGCUGUUGUUUAGGUGAGGAGGCGCAUCCAUUGAUUAAACCCUCGUCCUUGUUCAAUUGAAGAAGUAAUAAACACGCCAAAACCCUAAUUUGGCAUGCAUUAGUCUUUGGGUUUACUGGAAAGAUGAAGAGGAGGAGAGGGAAUGGACAUGGCAGUCGCCGGUCCGAGAAGAAGAAGCAAAGAGUUGUGAAGAAUAGUACCACUUGCCUUCUAUUUCCGGGGAAAGAUGGUGAGACUGGUUACAUCUCCACCGCCACGGCACCACCUUCGCCUUAUUAUACAAGCUGUGUGAGAAGAUUUAGUGCUGUUAUGGAUGGUUAAUUCUUUCCGACCAGAACAACCUCUGUUUCACUCUUUGGAAUCCGGCGACAUCGAAACUGAUCGAUCUCCCUCACCUAUACUUGAAGCCAAAUCAAAGAAUUCGCCAGGUUAUAUUGUUUUCAAACAGCAAAGGUGAUGAUCUUGAUCUUGAUCCAAAUAGCAUGGUUUUAUUGUUUGAUGAUAAACUUCCUUCGGUAGUUUACUGCCGGCUCUGGCAGAAGAAUUGGAAAUCUGUAUGCUACGGGGAAGCCGGAAAGAUCAAAUUAUAUAAUCCGGUUGUCUCAGAUGGUUCGUUGUAUGCUGCAACGACCACGCGUGGCUUCGUUGCUAUUGAGCUUGUGAAGCCAUCUCACAUUGGCAUAAGCGAGUGUGGUGGUUUACCAAAUGUACCAAAGAUUUCUGAGCAUCAUUCUGAGUACUUGGUGGAGUCGUGUGGUGAACUCUUCUACAUUGUUAUAAAGUGUGGAGUGAAAGAUGAAGAAUUUAUAGAGGUAGAAGCUUUUGAAUUGGAUCGAGGAAGCAUGGGAUGGAAGAAGGUGAGAAGGGCCGAUGAUUGAGUGUUUUUCUUGAGUGAAAGAUACUCGAUUUCUUGUCGCGCAAUGGGAGGGAUUAGAGGCGGUUUUAUGUAUUACUUUUGGAAAAAUUACCUGUUUACAUACAACUUUGCAGAGAAUAGCGUUUCAGUUUCUUCUCCUCAUGCAGUAUGGAAUAUCCCGGAUUCAUGUUAUCCACCUAUUCCUUAUACGUCUCAUAUAAGGUUGAUUUAUCAUAGAGAUGUCGGAAAGAAUUCGGUUGAAGCCAGACAGUCUCAAACGAACAAUGACAACAACGUUGCAGUACUCGAGAAAAAUGAUGGAGAAGACCCUUUUGGUUGCCUUCCAAUUGAUCUUCUCAAGAUCAUCAUCAGGUUUCUCCACAACAAUGUAGUUGAUUACAUGAAUUUCCGCGCUGUCUCCAGGAGUUGUGAAUCAGCAGCACCUCGAAUUCAAUGGAGAGAAGCUCCUAUUAGCUUAAAAUCUGCUCCAUUACUGCCAUGGCUAAUGUCUUCAGAUAAUUCUCACCCUGGCACUCAUAGUUUUGUGGAUUCAAAACUUGGAGGUAAGUAUCUCGUGAAAAUCCCAGAAUCCUUAGUUGAUGCGAAAAUCCUGUAUUCGAGAAAAGGUUGGUUGCUAAUGCACAAUAUUGCUAUGGAAUCAUUAUCUUUCUACAAUCCUUUGACAAAAAACAUCAUUAGGUUGCCACAUGAUCUGGCUCAAGCAAUUGUUUUAUUUUCCAGCAUGGGUUUCUCAGAUUUCUCACCUAAAUGCUACGUAGUUGUGGCAAUACAUGCUCUAGAUGAGACUAAAGUUCAUGUCUUCUGGUAUGGAUCUCUAUUUCGAUUCAACAACGAUCGUGAUAAAUUUGUUACGAAUCAUACUAGUCCAGUAGUUUUUUAUGAUGGAGGGUUUUAUGUUCUUGGCCGAGAUGGGAAUUUAGGAAUUUUCGUGGUGUUAGGGCCUCAGCGGCAUACCUGGAAAGUCCUUGACAAGCCUUAGCAGCCCUGUAUCUCUUUCUGUCAAAGUUUCUUACUGGAAUGUGGUGGAAGAUUGCUAUCAGUAUUUAUGGGUCCUGUAGGAGAAAUGGAUUAAGGUUUUUCUACUGAAUGGGGCUACAAUGUGUUGGGAAAGAGUGAUGAGGUUAACACAUUAUACUUUGUAUCUGAAUCGAUCAUCGUCUUUUUCGAAACCGGCAAAGAUCACUAGAAUGGGGGGAAAGAUCUUCCCUCCAAGUUUCCACAAGGAUACAAAUACUCUUGUCUAUUAUUGUUUGGAGACAGGAAAAUAUCGUUGUUUUGGUAGUAAGGAUGAUGCAGUGGAGUACCAACAUACAAGACAGCUACUAUUUUCAGGUUGGAUUGAACCUUCCUGGUCUUAACCUUUUCUUUUCUUUUUCUCAUGAACUGUUUUGUUAUUUAGAAGUUAUUAUUAUUAGGAGAAUUCUGCAAUUAUGCUGGACUUAAAAUUUCUGAAUAUGUAAGCAAUGGUAGUGUUGAUUUUCA